CUCUGCAGACAUGGCCGCGUGUGCAAGAGCUGCGACUGUCAGUAUCUUUUUAUUCCUGACGAGGGUGCCGCUAGCGACACCUUCCACCACGCCUGCGCCGCGUCUGACGGAAAACGACUGCACUGUGCACACUUUGCCGAUCGAGGUUCUGCAACAGCUGAUGAACAGCGCUGAGGUCAUCCUGAAGAACUCCGACUCAGGAACGGCGGCCCAGCCCGGGACAGGAUCGUCCGACGCUGCUCUAGACGGAUCAGCCACCCACAUCCUCCUGCGCCGAAUGGACAGCGAACUGACGGAGCUGAAGAGAAAACUUCUCAGCUUAGAGGCAGGAAACAGUCCCACCACUUCCCACCAGCAUGAGAUUAACAGUAACGUGGUAAAUCAGGUGCAGCAGCUUCAGGAAGAAACCAAGCAGGUGAAAGAUCAGCUGUCAAAUCAGGUGCAGCAGCUUCAGGAAGAAACCAAGCAGGUGAAAGAUCAGCUGUCAAAUCAGGUGCAGCAGCUUCAGGAAGAAACCAAGCAGGUGAAAGACCAGCUGUCAAAUCAGGUGCAGCAGCUUCAGGAAGAAACCAAGCAGGUGAAAGACCAGCUGUCAAAUCAGGUGCAACAGCUUCAGGAAGAAACCAAGCAGGUGAAAGACCAGCUGUCAAAUCAGGUGCAGCAGCUUCAGGAAGAAACCAAGCAGGUGAAAGAUCAGCUGUCAAAUCAGGUGCAGCAGCUUCAGGAAGAAACCAAAGAGGUGAAGAACCAGCUGCUGGGUCUGUCUCAGCAGGUCUCCCAGGCCCCUCAAAUCCCAGUGGCUACGUCCGGAAGAGGACUGGAAAAACAGAGCGACCUCGAUACCAGGUAUGGAUAGGCAGUUUCUUUCUUC